UGUAUUUGCAAAUGAGUUUGAUAUGAAAAUGUGUCUCGGUUAACGAACCUAAUCUUUUCUGGGGUUUUUUCAGACCCUUUUAGAGUAGAACGUCAACUGAGAAUUUUGGAUUUAUUUGCGUUUAUUUGUAGUGUCUCGGUUUUGUUAGUUAUGAUAUCGUACGAUUUGCUUAUGGUUAUGCCUUUUGAAUAAAUAUUGAAAUCAGGGUGUUUUGCGAAGUGUUUGUUCCAUUGUAGGAGGAAUUUGGAGGUGUGAUUGGACUAUAUUCCUUUUUUAUACAGUAUCUGAAAAUCUGUGUUAUCAAAGGCGCGCUUAAGCUCUGAAGUGAUGCUCAAACAAGUUGAGCGCUCUGCUACGCUUCAGUGUUGUCGUCAAGGCUCUAACGCAUAUUUUUCCUUGCCAAUAAGCGAAAUCCUGAAGAGGCAACACUAAACAAUUGAUAUUUCACCUUAUCAAAAGUUUUCUUCAAUUUCUUUGUCCAUAUAUUUGGCAUUCAUGCUUAUAAAUAUUAGUCUUCGACUAACACAUACAUAUUUGUAGUUUUUCUCCAUUUGCGCCUUUCUUCAUUAAAGCCCACACUUUAUUUGUGUUUAAAGCCCCAGCAGAAUUUUGAGUGUUUUUGCGCUUUUCGCCUUUGAUAACAUUGUUUUCCUGGUUGUUUACUAGUUUGUGCUUUCAGAAAUGGAAUUUUUACUAGCAGCCAACAGUGGAUUUUGUUUUUUUUCUCCUCAUUCUUGGUAGAAAAUUGUGUAAGUAGAAGGGCAUGUUUAAAAUCUCUCCAAAGUGAAGUUAAUGCAUUCAUGGAGAAAAUAACAAAAGAACUUGAAAAAGAUCAACUUUAUGUGAAUGCCUAUUCUUGUGAAAGAGAAAUAACCAGAUGAAUAGUAUUUAGUGAUGACGAAGAGCACAUGUUUGAAUAUUUUGAUUUGCUCAUCUAUGGAUUUUUUUGAGUGAUUGUUUGUUAUGAGUUGAUUAGAUUUUGACUGAAGUUUAAUUUUCAUUUUUAUUGUGUGUACUAAACUGUUUUUUUUUUUGGGUUCAAAAUAAAUACUAAGGUGAAGUGAUUUACAUAAUGUUACAGGCAAGAUGAAACUUAUACGCAGUGUCUUAUGGGCUGCCAAUGCUUUCAAAUUACAUUCUUCUCAUCACCCUCAAGCUUUCAGGACCUUUUCUGCAUUUCCAAAUUAUGGUAUUCAAGGGAAGACUGAAAGCAAAAUAUGCAGUAAUGAGCACUCAGUCUUGGGAAUGAAUGUUUAUUCACCAUAUAAUGCUGGGAGGAGGUGUUUCAUACAUUCUGAAAGCCCAAAGGAAGCUGAGAUGGGAAACAAUUCUAGACCAAUGGACUUUGUUAGAGGACUUACGGAGGACAAUACGAGGGGUAUUCUGGGUGGUGCUCCACUUUCUAGGUAUCAUGUCGAGCAGGAUGCUGAUAUUGUUCAUAUAAAGGUUCUUCGCAACAACGCCUUUGUUACUGUGACGGAUUCAAAAGGGAACAAAAAGUUUGGGGCUACUGCAGGUAAGAUAACAGGAAAAGGAACAAAAAUUGCAAGAUACGCUGCUGAAUCAACUGCAGAACAUGUUGGGCGUGAAGCCAGAGACCGGGGCUUGAGGUCAGUGGUCAUGAAAGUAAAUGGCUUUACUUUCUUUAAGAAAAAGAAACAAGCAAUCCUAAGCUUCAGAGAGGGCUAUACUCAUUCUCGUGGAGAUAAGAAUCCUGUGGUAUUCAUUGAGGACACAACACGACGCCCCCAUAAUGGAUGCCGCCUCCCAAAGAAACGGCGCAUCUAAUUGCUAAUUGGAUGAUCAAUAUGUGCGGUGAUUUCGAAUGCGAUGAGUUAUUUAGUCUUAAAUGUUUACAGAGAAUGAAAUCCUUUCUACUUAAAUAAAUAGUCCCUGCUGGUUUCGGAGGCCUUUAGUUGUCAGUACAUGGAGUAGGCUGCUUCCUGCUUAUCAAUUUACAGUGCAAUAACAACAACAACAACCACCCAGUGAAAUCCCAGGGUAGUGUGUACGCAGACCUUACCCCUUUCCCGAGGGGAUAGAGAGGCUGUUUCCGAAUAUCAAUUUACAGCGCAUGUGAUGUAAUCUCAAUUAUCCACAAUGACAAAUAGCGAAUAGGCUUUUGUUUGUACUAUUGGUAUGAAGUUGUUUUUGAAAGAUUUUCUGAAUCGUCGUCUGUUCAGACCCUUUUAGAGUAUUUGUUAACUGAGAAUUUUGGAUUUAUUUGUGUUUAUUUGUAGUGUCUCGGUUUUGUUAGUUAUGAUACAGUACGAUUUGCUUA